AUGUCUGCUGGUAUCCCGGCACCUCCAUGGCAGUGGUGGACUCAGCCUGGGACUUCUCCGUGGGGGAGAAACUGGGCCCAGAGGCUGGGAGACGGAAAAUUCAUGAUUUCGAUGAAUGAGCGGAUGAUACAGAAACAUGUCGAAGACUCCUUCCUCUUCCCCCGAUAUAGCGACGUCAGAAUCAUUUGCGGAGAUACCAUCUUUUCAACACAUAAGACCAUCAUCUGUCACCUGUCGCGCUAUUUCAAAGCAGCCUUUCAUGGCAAGUUCCGGAAAGGGGCGAUUCAGGAAUCAUGCGGAUGCCUCACACUUGCCGACAAAGAUCCGAUACUGGUGGAGAAGGUCCUCCAAUACUUGUACACGGGAAACUACACGUUGGAUCCGGACAAGCAAGAGACUGAAGAGAUCAGCUCUGAUGACUCCGAGAAUUCGAACCUGGAUGGCAAAUCCACUCGCCCGUGGAAACGAUCCCAGAAGAAAAGAAAAAGAUUCGGUGUCAGGACAAUGAUAAACCUCUUCACCGUGGGUGCCAGACCGAAGAAGCGCCCUGCCCUGAAUGACCGACUGUUCCACAGUGCCGCCUACUUCCAUCUCCGCAUGUACGCCGAAGCAGACUACUUCAUGAUCGAUGAGCUGAAAGUCAAAGCCGAAGCGGAGUUCUGCAAAGCCUUUGAGAGCCUCCUCACAGUUGAGCUCAUUUUCAAAAACGAUUACGCUGCCAAGUUCGCCAUCAGCAAAAUCAUCAACGAGCUAUACAGCCGCCGGGGGAAUUACGGUGUGUUGAGAGAGAUGGUGCUCGAACUCAUGCUGAACAACCUGCCCGGUUUGCGGCAGACGAUUUUCAUGUCGCCUAUGGAAGGGUCUUGCUUUCUGAGUUUGCACCCUGAGUUCGGGGCGGACUUUUGCUGGGGGAUGAUGGAGAAGGCAUUUCCAUCGGAUAUGCCUACCUACUAUCCCACGCUUAUGCCGGAACAAUUCGCAUACUGGGACCGGCAAUGCAAGACAAUGACUGGGCAAUUGUAA